AUGUCCGACUCCAUCCCGCCGGCUCUGACUAUCCCAGCCACGUCACAAUGUCAAGUCCACCUCAAGCAGUCUGACUACGACCUUGGUCAGAUCCACCCAGCAGUCAAAGCCGCGCUAGCGGGAAAUGUUCCUGAUCAAGCACCAAUCCCCGUCAACCUCGCCCACAUACAUACCCUCACCAUUCCGGCCUUACUUGCAGCGCCCGAUACUCAUGUCGAAUACCCCACGGGUCUGCGUGAGAACGAGGACCGCGGGGUUUAUGAUGCAAUCGUCAACACGCUUCAGAAGUUGACCGACGCUGGCACGCCCACGACCUUAAGCCUGCCGACCGAAGCGUGCGUCCACCUUCCUUUUGACUUCCUCAAGCUUAACAAGGAGAAGCGCACACGUGCCAACCAGCGCAGCCCCGACGUAUUCCUUCCUGGCGCCCGCAAAGCCCUAGUCAAGUUACCUGCCGUGCACGGGUAUGCUGGACGGACCUUCCUCGUCAACACCGUUGCAUGGGACAACGUUCACUGGCUCCACGCGGCCCUGGCGCUCGACCCCGACGAGUCACCGACGAGGAAGGGCGUUUACCGAGACGACAUUAAACGAGUAGUUUUGCGCACCGGUGUGAAGAUUGUUUGGUUCCCUGGACCCACCAACGAGAGUGACAUCGAACUGCGCUUCCUGAUCAUCAUCGACGCAUAUUUGAACAUGGACACCAUCGAUGGGCCCCGCCUUCCCGACGUUGGCGCAACUCUCUUCGGCGUCGUCCUCACCACAGCAUUACCCUCUGAUGCUGAAGCCGGAUCGCGUGAUACAGUGGAGAGCUGGUUGGCUGCUCGAGCCUCCGCUCUCAAGGGCUUUUACGACUGCCUCCAGCCUGCACCAGACCAUCCAUACAGCUUUGACGUUCGCAAUCUCCAGCCUCACGAUCUUGCCUGCAAUCUCCUCCCGUUCCAGGCGCGCACCGUUCGGCUCCUUCUCGAACGUGAGGGAGCACCGUUGUGCAGAGAUAUCUUACCGCGCGAGCCCAAGGGCCAGUGGGCUCGGGUUCAUUUCGAUAAUUUUGGCGAUUACGCGUUCCGCCGCUUGACCGCCGACCUACGACCCAUCACUGCGGACCCGAAAGGCAAGGGCCGGAAGGGAUCCCCCGGAGUCGACCCCGGCUUUACAGGCUUACCCACCCUGUUUAACCUUUCCAAGGUGCGCGGCACAAUGCUGUGUGAGGAGAUGGGCCUUGGCAAGACCGUGGAAGCCAUCGCGCUCAUGGUCCUUCACCGCCACCCCCUCUCAACACUGCGGACCCUUGCCAUUCCGCCCGCGACUCUUAAGUCGCCUCAUAUCGACCUCCUGAACCCGCCUGAGGAGUACGCGCUCCCCGAGUUACAGGAGUGGAUCGACAAGGAGCACAGUGCUUUCGCCAACGCCGUGUCAUGGUCGGAGGAGUCGCAGUUGAACGUCGCCGAGGUGGCCGCCACGCUGGUGGUCACGCCGUUACCACUCCUUCAGCAGUGGGUGAGCGAGAUGAAUACUCACGCCCCAAAUCUCCGAAUCUGCGUCUACCCGGGCUGGAAAGCGUUGAUCACUCAACUCAGGGCCAAGCGCAAGGAGAUUGCUAAGGCUCAACGGCAGCGCGAGGUCGAGAGUCUCAAGCGCAAGUCGAAGAAGAUGCGGAACAGCACUAGGCGCAAGUACGCCAAGGGUCGCAAUAGCGAGCGAGUCGAUGUCGAGAUGGAGAGCAGUGACGAGAGCGACGAUGAGGACGAGACUGGGAACGAUGGGGCGCACUCCACCCUUCUCGCUCUCACUCAACAGGCCUUCCUUGAUUAUGUUCGCGGACACGACGUUGUGAUCACCACAUACCAGACACUCGGGGAGGAUCUGACAGUUGCCAAUCCCGCACCAGUCCGCAGUCGCCGCUCCACGGCAAAAUACAACCUUGAGGAACGCCCUCGGAGCCCUCUGGUAAUGUGCGAGUGGUGGCGUGUGAUCAUGGACGAGGUCCAGCUCCACGGCGACCAGAGCGCAGCCGCUAACAUGGUUUCCCUGAUUCCGCGCAAGCUCUCCCUCGCCAUGUCGGGAACACCAGCGCGGUCCGACAUCAAGGAUCUCAUGGGCUCGCUGAGCUUCCUGCGCGUUCCCAUAGGUGAUAGCACGAUGUGGCACCGGCUCAUGCAACCGGCCAACGCGUCCGCUUUCCACGGACUCUUCCAGGCCAUCAGCGUCCGCACCACCAAGGCCGAGGUGGCCGGCGAAUUCAACCUUCCUCGGCAAAAGCGCUUCGUCGUCCCGAUCCAGCUGUCCGACAUCGAGAUGCACUACUAUCUCGACACUUUGGAACGGCAGCGCGAGCGUCUUCAGAGCCAGCAAGGCGGUUUCACGCCCCACCUGUUCAGCGUGGCCCUCCGUCAUCUCCGACAGAUUUGUACCCACAUUCAGGUGGGCGCUUUGCAGCGCGGCGGCUUAGGCAACGUCCUGGAUCGUGGCGGACGCAUGCACCUUGGUAGUCGCCUCAUGACCAUGGAGGAGGCCCUGAAGAAAAUGAACGACGAUCAUCAGGCCGAGGUUAUCACCGAGACCCGUCUGCUCAUGCGGUACAAGAUCAAGAAGGGCCAGCUGUACAUCCUUAACGACAAUGACAACAUGCGACAGUUACGCGCGAUCGGGCAAUACGAGGAGGUACGCCAGAUGAGUACGGCGUUACUUGAGAGUGCACGAGCUCAGUUGGCCGAGGCCGUCGGGGACCGUGAGGACAGUGUGGAUGAAGAGGAAACCCACAAGUUGUCGCGGCACGAACGCGACCGCGUCAAGCUGAUCACGUCGAUUCGUUCCAGCAUCCGUGAGACGCUGCUCCUUGUCCAUCGUGCAUGGUUCCUCGAGGGCGACGCCCACCACCAGAUGCUCGACGAAGGCAGGGAAGUGGCAGGCUAUGAAGCGGCCGAGGCCAUCCGCAGGGAAAUCCUCAAGCGCCCUCUCGAGAUUGCCGAACGGUCGAUCACGACCCUAGCUACGGCGUUUGAACAGCACCCCGCGUACGCCCGGGCUGAUGAUCUUCGUUCCAGCAAUACCAACCACUUGGGCGGCCUCUUGUCGUCCAACGUAAUUGAGCAGUCCAACAGUUUGCUCAAGAUUCUGAACGACAACGCCCUACUUGUGCAUAGUUGGCGCCAGAAGCUCUACGAACUGCUGACUGGACCUGUCGAGGCGCCGAAUGAGGAGGUCCCGUUGCCUGGAGAAGGACAGGAGGUGGAGAACCCCGACGAAGAGUAUUAUGCCAAAGCGCUCCAAGCGCAGGGAGAGAUCGAGGCAUACCUUACCGCAUACGCAGCUGCCAUUGCGGAUCGCAAAGAAAUGCUGGUGGAAGACCGCACCAUUCUUGCCACCCAUGAGAGUCGCAUCACCAAGAAGCGUGUAACCAAGAACUCGAAGGACGCCGCCGAGGACGCGCAGAACAUCGACCUGACCCAGGUUGACGACCAGACGCUUAACCUCAUGCUCGAGCGGCAGGCAUUCCGUGACCGCCGCAAGCAGGAGGACUGCGAACGCCCGCUCAAAGCCAUGCUCAUUGACCUCAACAACAUUGAGCACAGUGCGCUGAGACAGGAGGAGUCGUUGAUUGCGAAGGAUGCGGCGACUUACUUGCGGGCGUACAUCAAGGCCCAGACAGAGAUGGCCACAAAGUUGAACAAAGAGCUCGAGACGAUCCGUGCAACGUUCAAUCGGCGGGCUGUCUACUUUGCCGCCCUGCAGGACAUCUCCGACUCGGUCGCGUCUGAGGACUCGACAAUCUUCCGGCAGGCAUACCGCAAUGUCGACCGCAUGGUUCAAGGCUGCAAUGAACGCCUCCAGGCCCUCCGUGUGCGCGGCCGAUACCUCCAGUACCUCGGCGGCGGUGGCGGUGACGCCAUGCGCGACAUGCACGAGGAGUGUGUCAUCUGCUUUGGCACAUCGGACGACACCUUUGCAAUGCUACUUGGCUGUGGGCACGCUUUCUGCGUGUCGUGCUACAAGGAGUAUCGCAAGUCGGCGUACAUGGGCCGCAAGUGUGCGACGUGCAAGCAGCCAAUCAACGAGCGCGAAGCGACGCGUGUACGUAUCAUGAAGCCGAACGAAGCUGAGGCUGGUACCUCUGACUUGCAAGCGACUGGACAGCCAUCCCAGUCUGAGGAAGAGGAGGUACUGGACGAGGAUCUCUUCGGCGAUGUGGACGAGGCGAGCGCGGCUGCCGAGCGAGAUGCGCGCAACCGCGCGCUCGACAGGAUCAACUACAUGCCGCCAACGAGCCAGAGGGACAUCCAUGCAAUGGACACGAUGGGCGAGUACGGCUCCAAGAUCGACUUCCUCGUCAAACAUCUAAAGUGGUACAAGAUCUUGCAUCCAACCGUGCGCCACGUUGUGUUCUCGAACUGGGCCGAUUCUCUACAUAUUGUCGAGCAAGCACUGCGUGCAAACGGCAUCAAGUUUGUGUCGUUUGAUGCCAAUUCGAAGAAGAACAAUGUGGUGGAGAAGUUCCACGCCGACAAGUCGAUCACAGUCUUCCUGCUGCACGCGGAGCGCGAGAGCGCGGGCCUGACUCUGACGUCUUGUGGGACAGUGCAUCUCCUUGAGCCGGUCCUGCAACACAGCUUUGAGCUGCAAGCGAUUGGGCGUGUCGAUCGUCUCGGACAGCAGCAGGAGACGCGUGUCUACUGCUAUGCGACACUCGACACGGUCGAGUCGCGCAUCUUAGCACAGGGUGUGCGCAACGGCACGUCGAUCUACCUUGCCGACAAGGAGGAGGACGAAGCGGUGAUGGCGACGAUGGACAAUGUUGCGCACGCCGCGAGGCACGGCGGUGAUGUGUCGGCCGUGGCAAGUGCCAUUGACGAGGACCUUCUGAAGUUGAUUUUUUAG